AUGGCGCCCCCAGCCAAGAAGCACAGAACCAGGGCGCAGGCGAAAGCUAAACAAGCCGACGACACAGAGACGACAAAACAGCAGCAGCAGCAGCAGUCCACAGAAGACGAAAACAUCACAUCAGAGCCACAGGAGGAGUCCGCGCCGGUAGUGGAGGCUGCAGAGGCCAGCGUGCCGGUAUCAGCGCCAGCAGAGGAGGAGCCGAAAGAGACGGUCACGGACGAGAACAAGGCACAGAAGGCGAGCGACCGGCUGGCGCGAUUCAAGGCUCUGCAGGCGCGCGCCAAGAACAGCUCGGAGUCGAACCUGAAGGAGGCGACGCUGGAGACGCAGCGGCUGGCGUCGGACCCGUCGCAGAUGAAGACGCUGAACCGGCGGCGGGAGAUGGCGUCGCAGAAGCUGAUGCGGGCCGAGGUAGAGGAGGCGGGCGGCGACUUUGAGCGCAAGCGGGCCUGGGACUGGACGGUGGAGGAGAGUGAGAAGUGGGACAAGCGGGUCAAGAAGAAGGACGGGCGGCGCGACGGCAACGCCUUCCAGGACUACCGUCAGGAGAGCAACAAAGUGUACAAGCGGCAGCUGCGCAACCUGGAGCCCGACAUGGAGCGGUACGAGCGCGAGAAGAUGGCGCUGGUGGAGAGGGCGGCGGCCUCAGGCGGGCUGGACAUUGUUGAGACGGAGUCGGGGGAGCUCAUCGCCGUGGACAAGGACGGUUCUUUCUACUCGACAGCCGACUCGACGUCGUUCGCGCAGAACAGCAGGCCCGACAAGGCCGCCGUGGACCGCCUCGUCAAGGACCUCGAGCGCGCUGAGGAGCAGAGGCUCAAGAAGCGCAGGGAGCGCAUGGCCCAGUCCGACGACAACACCGACGUCACAUACAUCAACGAGAAGAACAAACAGUUCAACCAAAAGCUCUCGCGCUUCUACGACAAGUACACCGAGGAGAUUCGCGACAGCUUCGAGCGUGGCACAAAGGUUUAA